UAAAGCAUGUGAGCGAUCGAGCGGGCUGUGACAGAGAGAGAUCCCUGAAACAGUAAGUGUUCAUGAAGAAAGAAGCACUGCCUUUGAUUCCUGGAAGGGUUAACAUGAAGUUCAAGGAUGAUGUUAAUAUCAGGCAUGCUUUGCGAGAUCCGUGCAACAGCAAGUUCACUUACAACUGCGACGCUUAGCUGCUAUAUCUGAGUGAGCUAUUCUCUCCUCAGGUAUUACCAUUUCUUAUUUCAGAAAUUAAUGCGCUGAAUACAUUAUGCCCAUGCCAUUUUAAUGAGAAACUCCCGGACACUGCCGUCUCCUUCUGCUUUAGCCUUGACAUUGAUGAACUUUUUUAAGUGCACACAUUUAGACAAUGAAGACCACUAGAAAAUGCAGGGCGUUGCUGUCCGUCAGUCUGAAUUUGGUGGCUCUUUUCUUUUCUACCACGGCUUUUAUAACCACUUACUGGUGCGAGGGCACGCAGAAAGUCCUCAAGCCCAAAUGCAGCAAAAACAGGCUCCGCAAUUGCAUCGAAUAUGGCGUGAACGACACGGACCAGAGCAAAGUUCGUUAUAGCUGGGAGACAGGGGACGACCGAUUCAUCUUCAAGUACUUCCAUACAGGAAUAUGGUACUCCUGUGAGGAGGACAUCAACGGAGGAGGUGAGAACUGCAGGAGCUUUAUUGACCUGGCCCCAGCCUCGGAGAGGGGUGUCCUCUGGCUGUCUGUGGUGUCUGAGGUCUUGUACAUCAUGCUGCUGGUCGUUGGCUUCAGCCUAAUGUGCCUGGAGCUUUUUCACUCCAGCGACGUGAUAGAUGGACUCAAGCUGAACGCCUUCGCCGCCGUCUUCACUGUUCUGUCAGGACUCUUGGGAAUGGUGGCUCAUAUGAUGUAUACACAAGUCUUUCAAGUCACAGUUAGCCUCGGACCAGAAGACUGGAGACCACACAGCUGGGACUACGGCUGGUCUUUCUGCUUGGCCUGGGGCUCCUUCACCUGCUGCAUGGCAGCUUCUGUUACCACCCUCAACUCCUACACAAAGACCGUGAUGGAGUUCAGGCACAAGCGCAAGCUGUAUGAGCAUGGCGUGCAUGAGGAGCAGACCGUUGUCGACCAGGAGCCUUUCAGCUACUUCCAGGAGCGGCCGGUCCAGUCCGUCUCCAGUGCCGUGGAGGUUUUCCAGCGGCAAGCAAGCGGUGGCGUAAGACUACUGGCGUCCACAGUAGCGGCCGACGUCGGGGAGAUCCCAGAGUCUCUGAGUGAGGAACAGUGCUGAGAGGGCAGGAUCCCACCCAUCUACAUGAGAGUGCGCUGGCUGGAGACCUUUAGUUUUCAAAGACUCCUGAGGAUUUAUAUCCGUGAAUCAUAUCGGUCUAUCCUCUUUGAAUAAAAAUGUGUAUUUUUAAAGCUUUUACUUUACUAUUCUUAGCACUAGUAGUAAUAUGAGAAGGUACAGCAUAAUAAAAUGUGUGGAUAGUAAAUGAAGACUGGAAAAGGUCACAGACCUUCAUUACCGGAAAUAUUGCUAUGUUUACAGAAGCAUUGUUUACAGGAUGUACGGGUGCUGUGAUGAUUUGAUAAGAUAUGGUAUCACUGCCAUAAAGCCGUAAUCAUAAUAAAUGUUUUUUUAUUUUAUACUGUGGUUAGGUUUCUGACACGUGAGGUUUUCGGGAAAAGUGUUUCGAUGUAUCGAUAUAUAGGUAAGUAUACUACGCAUUUAAAGGCAUAUAUGAAUUAUAAUAUAUAAUAUAUUCCGUAUUGUUCCUGUAGCUAUUUUUUUAUGGCAUGUUUAAAUAUGCCCUGAUAUAUAUAUAUAUUUUGAAUUUACACAUUCACUUUAAAGAACACCUCUCUCUUCUAAACCUUAAGUUAUGUUGGUCUCACCUGAAGAGUAAGUCUUACUGUUAGAAUUUUGUGGCUGGGAUUUCCGAUACAGGAGUUUAUGUGCCCCGAGAAAAUGACCCUAAAUGACAGUGAGCAGUUUGAAUUCUUUAUAUAUUUCUUUUUAUAUUAAUUCCCUGGUCAUGCAUUUGAAUAAAUCGGCACAGAUUUGAAAAUUAUAAGGUGUAAUAUUAAAAACAUAUUGUAUGUUGGUCAUCCUCUGUGAGAAGGCAAAUCAUUUACAGCAACACAGAAUUGUAAUUUUGCAUAUAAUCAGUAAAAUAUCCAUCACAAGUAUUCAGAAUAAUAUAACAAUGUAUUGCGCUAUUUAUAAAUAGUUUUAAAUGUUUAACUGUUCCUGUCAGUUUAAAAAGUGGCAUUAAUUUUGCAUUAUUUAUUUUUAGAGUUACUUUGAAAAGAUUUCACUAUUCACUUUCAUUGGUUUAUUCGUUAUGCUCCUGUCCAAUGACAACAAAGCACAGAUAGCAAUGCAUUCCUGCCUUUUAGCUUCAAUUAGUGUCUCUGUUUACUUGCAUGGUGAUUUGGGGUUAGAGUGAUGAUUAACUGGCACCACAUGGAAGGUGCCCCCCCCUGCCCUGAGCAGCUAGAGACGAGCUUCAGACUCAUCAUGACCCACUACUGGAACAGGGGUGUUGGAAGAUGGGGGCUGAUAUUUCACCAGAUCUUUCCAUGUCUGUGCGUGCCUGUGGGUGGCGCUUUUAAACUGGAAGGUGGUCCUUAUACGAAGCUGUACUGAUCAGUUCCCUUUCCCUAACAAAGCACUAGUUCAUUUAUUGAGUGUAAUUUCUGCUUCUUGAAAUAUGGUGCAGGAAUCUUAGUUCUCAGCUUUCUAGAUGAUGCUGUUUAGAAGCUCUGUCUAUUCUUAAGCCUUUUUUUUUGCCACUGGGUUUGCUGGAUAGAGAUUGUAAGAGAGAAGCCUUUCUGUCUCUGUAUGCUGGGGAGGGGGUUGGGAAUGGAGACUGGUAUGGCUCAGAAGGUGGAUGACAAAACCUCAGUAUAACAUUCCUAUUUUGAUACUUUGAUAUUUCAAAAAUAAGGCUCUGAAAUGAGCUGUAGCAGUGGUAGGUGAGCCUGCGGUUCUUAUUCGGCAUCAUCUUCAAGCUCCAAUAAAGUUUUUUAAAUGGAUAAUUACUGACUGGGAGGAACUUUUUACAGAUGUUAAAUCAUUGUGGCUUUUCCACAGAGUAGUAGCUGUAGACUGCACAUCUUCACAGAAGUGACCUUGUUUGUGUUUGGUUUACUAUGAUGGUCAAACUUGCUCUUGCCUGCUCUCCGAAGGAGAGGAUGAGGAUUUUAAUGCAUUUGCUCAUAGUUGUGGAGACUUGCUUUGCAUUUGGCAAACUUUGGGACCUCCGGGGAGAUGUUCGGUUUGGUGUCGUGAUUCUCAUAUUCAGGAUUUUCCCGGCCAUAUUUUCACACUGUAGCAGCCUGUCACUCUGGCGUAGGUAAGUUCAUGUCUCAGGAAGGUGACCUAAACAGGAACAUUUUUGUUUUGAUUAAUUGUGUGGAUGUAAAUUUUAUUUUUGGAUGUAGUGCUGGCUUUGUAUGCUUGAUGUUGUUUGAUGUUCUUCGCAUUUAUGUUAAUUUUUAUGAAGUAUUAUUUUGUAUUGUG